UAUCUACUGCGGCAAUGGAGGGAGCUUCCCUGCAUCUGUGUUCCCGUUCACCUUGUGCAUCUCUUACUAAACCUAACUUAGUUAUCAUCCAACGCUUUUCUUUUCCAUCUUCAAUAAUAAACCAUACUUACUUCCCUAAAUUUCUACCCAAAUUCGUAAACAAGAGUUCAUCACUGUUUUCCCCUCGAAACUCUAGUAGCAGUUCCACAGUGGUACCCGACAAAGCCUCGGUUUUAGAAAAAACCGACAAAUCAUUAGCGUUUUUCCCCAAAAUCGAUAAGACCGGGAAGUUUUGCAGUCCUAGAGCCGCCAGAGAACUUGCUCUGGGUUGGACCCGGUGGUUAUUUGAGAAACGGAUGAAUGCACGGCUAGGAGCAGGUUAUGGAUUUGACAAGAAAAAAUUGAUGGAAUAUAAUCCUAUGAGUUUUGGGGGGCCACCUAUGAAGGUUGAAUCGGAUGAAGAAGCAAAUGAACUUCUGCGCAACAUUGAAAAGGAAUCUGCCAUUGAAGCAGAAGUCCUUACAGCUCCUCCAAAGCUGGUAUAUAACAAAUUGAUGUUGAGGUUCAGUAGGAAGUUAUUGGUUGCAGUCAGGGAUAGAUGGGACAGUCAUGUUGUUGUUAUUAACGAAAUUGUCCCAGCAAAUUGGAAGAACGAACCAUCAGGGAAGAUUUUAGAGCUUUCUAUUCUUCACUUGGCAAUGUCUGAAAUGACGGGGCUAGAAACAAGACAUGAAAUCGUCAUUAAUGAGGCAGUGGAUCUGGCUAAACGGUUUUGUGAUGGAGCAGCCCCUCGUAUCAUUAACGGCUGUCUCCGCACAUUUGUCCAAGGUCUGGAGCUUGGGGCAUCAGAUAAUGCGCUUAGUUGAUUUCUAUGUAUAUUCUCUGCUCUGUGCCUUCGGAUUGUUGAAAAUCUUAGACGUAGAUUUCAGGAAUACCAUCGAUGGUGGUUUGAUAACUUAAUGUAGUUUUGUUGAACCAUUAUAGGUUGGUAUGGAAGGUAAGGUCCGAAGUAGGAAUUAUGUUUGAAAUUGGUAGUAAUAUGACAUUGAAAUGUUGUAUCUUGUAUAUGUUAGCUCGUGGAAUUUGUAAUAGAUUUUGUUUUUUUAAGUCAAAAUAACUUUUGAAAUUCAAAUGAGCAGAAUUGGACUUAUAUUAUAAAUUAUA